AUGCUCACACAAGCCUCCAACACAGCACUUCAACAUCGCAUCCUCCUCUGGGACUGCCCAUCCGAAUGCGACUAUUCCUGCCAACACGUCGUAACCGACAAACGCCUUGCGCGCGAGCCACCCUACCGCGAGCCAGUCCUCCAAUUCCACGGAAAAUGGCCCUUCUACCGCUUCCUUGGCAUGCAAGAGCCGUUCAGCGUCAUCUUCUCGCUCCUCAACUUCUUGGCUCACGAUCAUGGCAUGAAAGUGUUGCGUGAGAAGGUGCCAGCCAGCUAUCCCUUGAGGAAGUUUUACCUCGGCUUUGGAUACUUUGGUCUUGCGAGCUGGAUCUUUAGUUGUGUGUUUCACACCAGAGACUUCAAUCUGACGGAGAAGUUGGAUUACUUUGGGGCUGCGGCAUCAGUCAUGUAUGGCAUGUUUUUGUCCGUGGUCAGAGUCUUUCGUCUGGAUAAACAGACAUCGAGAAGUGGUUCUGUGCUCAGAGCAUGGAUCUUACUCUGUGCCACACUCUAUGUGGCUCAUGUUUCUUAUCUCAGUUUCUGGAGGUUCGACUAUACCUACAACAUGACUGCUAAUGUCGUAGUGGGCGUUAUUCAGAAUGUCAUCUGGAGUUGGUUCAGUGUGAGUAGGUAUCAAAAGACCAAAAAAGGGUGGGCGGCUUGGCCUGGUUUAAUUGUUGCUUGGGUUAUUACGGCGAUGAGUUUGGAGUUGUUUGAUUUCCCGCCUUGGUGGGGUGCUAUCGAUGCUCACAGUCUAUGGCAUUUGAUGACGGUCUUCCCGACGAUAUGGUGGUAUAGCUUCUUGAUUAAGGAUGCGCAAGAGGACUUGCAAGGCCAGCGUCUGAAGGCCUAG